GCGGCGCACAGAGCGCCCACGCGGUCUCGGUCUCCACCUCGUCAAUGCUCCCCCAGAAAACCAGUGUCUUGCCAGAGACGCCUUCUCCGGGCUGCUGUAAAUAGCAACAUAUACCUCUCCCCGGUGUGCGCAGCAAGCUAAACCCCCACCGCACGCCCCACCCGCGCGCAGGCAUGCCUCUCUCGCUCGGCGCCGACCACCUCGCCGCGCCCGGCGCGCGCGCUCCGCCUGCGCGGGUGGGCACGGGCAUGGGCAUGGACACGUCCCUCUCGCUGGGCGGUGCCGCCGCCUACCUCCCGCUCAACGAGAACGACUCCCUCGACAUGCUCCUCUUCGACGUCCUCCGCGAGGCCUCCGCCGUGGCCGCCGCCUCGCCCUCCUCGUCCUCCUCUCCCCCGACGAAGACGGCGACGGCCAUUGCCGCCGCUGGCGCCGACGCGAUCGAGGGCGGCGGGGCAUGCGCGGCCGGGAGGGCCGCGGAGCGCCCGCACUACCGCGGGGUGAGGCGGCGGCCGUGGGGCAAGUACGCGGCGGAGAUCCGGGACCCGUCGCGGCCCGGCACGCGCCUGUGGCUCGGCACCUUCGGCACGGCCGAGGAGGCGGCCGUCGCGUACGACCGCGCCGCGUUCCGCCUGCGCGGCGCCAAGGCGCUGCUCAACUUCCCGCCGGCCGUGGGGGCGCACGAGGCGCGCCGCGGCGGCGCCAAUGAGGCGAGGUGAAUGCUACGUGCGUUCGUUCUCUCGCCGAUCGUUCCUCUCUCUCUUAGCUGCGUGUUGUUAGCUUCUUAGUUUAGGCAUCGAAACAUUGAAUUCCCAUUCUGUAACCGUUCAUUCAUGCGUGGUGUGGUCUGUGGUGGACCAAUUUGCAUUUCGUGGGUAUCGUCUCUAGCUUCGGGCGAAGGUGCUAUUUUGGUGAUCUCUCUACGGUUAUCAACAGAUAUCAAUCAUCAAUUGUACAGUAGUACUACUACCAGUCUCGUCUGAAAUUUUACGAAAUCUGGAGAAAUGUGUGAACCGGUAAUGAGAAGACAGAUUCCCUCGACAAACCUUGUAUUCAUCUACGAUU